AUGGGCGCCAUGCGACCGGCUCCGGGCAGCGGUCGCGACUCGCGCGGCUCCACGCCCCCACGCUCGGGCAACUUGGCCAGGUCCCCCGCAAUGGGCAGCAGUUCUACGGAUGCCUUCGCCUGGACGGCCUCCCCUUGCAGAGCCCUCUCGGGCCUGGCGGUGUUGCAAGUUUCCUGCGGGUCGAGACACACCCUGGCAACGGUUGAGGGGGGCGAGGCGUACAGCUGGGGAUGGGGGGCCUGCGGCCAGCUGGGGCAUGGUGACGACCACAGCGUCGGUUGUCCUAGAGUGAUCGAGGCCCUGAAGACGGGAGAGGGUGAUGCGGCCCUCGGACCCGUCUCCUGGGUUUCCGCAGGAGGCAUACAUUCGGCCGCUGUGUUGGAGGGUGGGCGCGUUUUCACGUGGGGGGGAAGCAGCUACGGUCAGCUCGGGCUGGGCCCAGCGGUUACUACGCAGGGGAUGCAGCCCUUGCCAGGGAAAGUGAUGCUUUCGGAGACCGAAAGUCCGCUUGGCUCCCCUCGCGUUAGCGCCACGGGGCUCACGAGGCACUCGAGCAUGACGCAGAAGGCGGCGGUUUUGGCGAUGGAGACAGCCCCCAAGACAGAGCUGCUGGCCAAGACUGUCGUCUGCGGAGGAAUGCACACGGCCGCUCUUACCGCCGAGGGGGUUGUGUACUGCUGGGGGCGUGCGGACAGCGGGCAGCUGGGGAUCGGCGCGGCAUGGGUCCACGAGACUUCGUCGGGGGUGAUGGGGGUCGAGUGGCCGAGGAGGGUUCGCGGGUUGCUCGAAGGCCGCCGCACGGAAUCGAUCGCGUGCGGCGGUUUUCACACGGCGGCGGUGACGACGGACGGGGAGUGCUACACGUGGGGCAAGGAAGACUUCGGGAUGCUUGGGUGCAGCAACGCAGCCCUUCUCAAGGGUGGUCUCUUUCAACCCCACCGCGUCACGCUGCAGGACAUGACAGACGUCUCUCACGCGGAGCAGGGGAACGGCUCCGGUGGCGGAAAGCAGAAGGCCAAAGCAGUCGCCUGCGGGGGGUGGCACACGGCAGUGGUUGGCGAGAAGGGCGGGGUGUGGAUGUGCGGAAGGGGAGAGUACGGGCGUCUCGGCCUCGGAGACCAGAAAAGCCAGUGGCACCUCACUCCCGCCCCACUGGAGAGGGGCCCCAUCCCUGCCCCAGUCCCGCCGUCACCAAGAUCGGCAGCAAGCGCCGUUCCCGCGAGCGACAAACCGGGCGGGGCGGUGCACGGUUUCGGGGGCACCGCAGAUUCUAGUGCCGCCGUCGUGCCGCCCUCUCCGCCACCGGUGGCGGAGAUUGGAGGGGGGCCGGCGGUCCGGACUACGGAUCCGGCGAGGAUGGUUGCUCUCGGCGGGAGCCACUCACUCGUGAUGACGUCAUCGGGGAGGGUGUUUGGGUUCGGCAGGCAGGACGACGGCAGGCUUGGCGUGGAGAUGAACACGGAGGAGGUCGAUUCAGGCAGCAUGCUUCCGCUGGAGAUCUCGGACCUGCAGCUAGAGGGUUGGCGCGUGCAGUCCAUCAGCGCCGGAGGGGUGCACUCGGCCGCUAUCCUCGCUCGCCGUCCGGAAUAA